CACCCCUUCUGCUCCUUCACUUCACCACAAUGGCAACCACUACCCCUGCUGUCACGGAACCGGACAAUGCUGACGCAUCUCCUCCAUCUCCGACGUCUCCACCGUCCAAGAAGGUCAUGUACGAGCUCGCCGCCCGGAACAUCUACUACGCCAAGCCUACUGCAGCGCCGAGGUCGCUCGCGCAGCUUUUGAAGCCGUGCGGCGCGGCCCCGACGCCGCCGGACUACAUCCUCCGCGAUGUGUCCCUCACGGCUCGGGCCGGGGAGAUCCUGGCCGUCGUCGGCCCGAGCGGCGCAGGGAAGUCCACGCUGCUCGACAUCCUCGCCGCGCGCACAGCGCCGACGCACGGGAGGCUCCUGCUCAACUCCGCGCCGCUGCGGCCGUCGUCAUUCCGCAGGCUCUCGUCGCACGUGCCCCAGGCAGAUGUCGCGCUCACCCUACUCACCGUCUCCGAGACCUUCGCGUUCGCAGCGUCGCUGCUGCACCCGGAGUCGGAGUCCGCUGUCUCGGCCGCGGUCACCGCGCUCCUCGUGGACCUCAGGCUUGCCCACGUCGCGCACACGCGGGUCUCCCCCGCGCGGCUGUCCGGCGGCGAGCGGCGGCGCGUGUCCAUCGGCCUCGCCCUCCUGCGCAACCCGGCGGUGCUCCUCCUCGACGAGCCGACGUCCGGCCUAGACUCCUCCUCGGCGCACGUGGUCGUCAGUUGCCUCCGCGCCGUCGCGGCCGCCCGGGGCACAACGGUGGUGUUUUCCAUCCACCAGCCAAGCGCGCGCCUCCUCUCCGCUGUGGACUGCCUGCUCCUCCUCUCCCGUGGCACCGUCCUCCACCACGGCUCCCUCGCAUCCCUCGACGCUGCCCUCCUCUCACACGGCCUGGUCGUCCCCGCGCAGCUCAACCCACUCGAGUUCGCCCUUGAGGUCCUCGACCAGCUCCCUCAUCCCACCCCCUCUACCCCUGAACCCAAGGCGACGACGCAAGAACUGAACUCGUCGUCGAGCCACCACAAGAUGGUGGCCACGGCGACGCCGUCUACUGGUCCGCCGUCAUCGUGGCUGCACGAGUUAAUGGUACUGUACAAGAGGGCGUGGAAGGUGGUGUACAGGAGCAAGCAGCUGCUUCUGACCAACUUCCUAGAGGCCGUGGUCGUUGGCACGCUGCUGGGCACGAUCUACAUCCACGCUGGCUACGGCGAGGCCGGCGCGCACAAGCGGCUGGGUCUGUUCGCCUUCACGCUGACCUUCCUGCUGACUUCGACGACCGAGACGCUGCCGACGUUCGUGACGGAGCGGCCCAUCGUUCUGGCGGAGACGGCGGCCGGACUGUACCGGCUGUCGUCUCACGCGGCGGCGGGCACGCUGGUGUUCCUGCCGUACCUUCUUGCUGUGGCGCUGCUCUACUCCGUGUGCGUCUACUUCCUUGUGGGGCUCUGCUCGUCAGCCGGCGCCUUCGCGUCGUUCGUGCUGGUGGUGUGGGCGGUGGUGCUGACGGCGAACUCGUUCGUGCUGUUCGUGAGCUCGUUCGCGCCGGACUACAUCGCGGGCAUGUCCCUCGUAUCCGUGUCGCUGGCCGGGUUCUUCCUCUUCUCCGGCUACUUCCUGUCGCGGGGGAGCAUGCCGUCGUACUGGGUGUUCAUGCACUACGUGUCGCCCUACAAGUACGCGCUGGACGCGCUGCUGGCGAACGAGUACACGUGCGCGGGGAACCGGUGCUUCGGUGUGGGCGGCGGCAGCGAGUGCUCGCAGACGGGGCUCGACGUGCUGGUGGAGAAGGGGCUGACGGCGGAGGAGCGGUGGACCGGCGUCCAGGUUCUGUUCGGCUUCUUCCUUCUCUACCGGGUGCUCUACUGGGUGGUGCUCAGCCGGCGAGCGUCCAGGGCGAAGAGAUGAUGAGAUCAGAAUCAGAUCAGAUGAGGUGAGCAGCCGGCGAACAUCGGAUGCUCUCGCCUCCAUGUACUACGUACGCAUGCAAACAAGCUUAGCCAGCAGAGGUAUGUCAAAAAAAAAAUGCCAACUUGGAGAGGAGGAAGAUGAAGAGGCAAGAGCGAUAUUAACUGGAAUUAGUAAUUACGCUGUCAUAUACUGUACUGAUGUAAAUUGUGAAGAUAAAAUUCCUUUAUAAGUGUGGCGAUAUGGUCGAGAUGCAUGGAUGGGUGAAUAAUGUGUAGACUUAUAUCAAAUAUAUAAGUUUUGUGCUUCUUGUUAAUUGACUCGGGUCUGGGGAAUCAUAUAUAUAUGUGACUGCAUGAAAAUUGUAUCUAUAUGUUGGUGGGAGUUGUUAAAGAUAAGUUUUGUCUUUUUGUUAGUUUUGUCUGAUCUUAGUUACCCCUACUUCGAAUCUGUCUGGCAGCAUGUUCGUCUGUGUAUUUUUUUUUGUUACGAAGAAAAUAAAUGGGCCAAGUUAAUGUUCAGCUCAUCUGAUCGCAUGUGUAUAAAACCAAGCAAG